AUGUCAGAUGGAUUGGAGUAUCACUCAAUCAAUGGCAUUUCGGACCAUCUCAUUGGUGCGCUUUCUUUGAUGAUACCCUACCAAUCAAGAUCGAAAUGGAUCGAAAUUGAGAACAAAGAAAGGCAACUCAUUGCUCGAAAACUUCAUUUCUGGACCAAAAUUGAAGAUCUCAACGGUGACCUCGAUGAUUUUGAACCCUUAAGCUUGGCCGAAGUCCUUCGCUACAACUCUCCUUCUCUUAUACUUAUUACUGGGGAAGACAAAAGAACUUCGAAAGCGGGAGUGAUGGGAGUUUAUCUACCUGCUUCGCAGUCUUCAUGCUUUAAAAAUAGACAUGAGUAUAUCUUCUUCACCCUACUGCCAAGAUUUUGUGUCAAACGUUGGACAGGUAUUCAGAGAAGCAUUUUCGACAUCAUCAAAACAGACAUAGCGGGAUUCUCCGUUGACAUGAUAUCAAGUGAGCAAGCGUUCGAGACUAAACAGCCAUUCUGGAUCGGUAAUCCAGAGAAAGAUGAAACAUACAUAAGGAUUGACCUCCUGCAAAGCCGGGCUUCUCUUAUAACGAAGGCCGAAUAUCAGAAGAGUUACGAUGACGAUAAUGAUGCUGAGAGUACUGCGAUCCCACAUACUAGCAGUGAGAUGUCUGAGAUUUUACUCGACGCAGUGAAAACCUUCCAGAUUGGACGCAUUAUGCCUGGCUCGCACUCCAGUGCCAUGAAAAAUGAAAAGAAAGAUCUAAAUCAAAACACUGAUAAAACCGAGGAAGUCAUCCGGGGCGAGGAGCUAAAAAACCGCAUUUAUGGGUUUGGGCGGAACUCUUUACCUCAAGAUCUCCAAUAG